AUGCACUUGCGUCAGCUCCACGCAGUUAAAAGGUGAGACAGAGCUGUAAUUUAUGUAUUAUGGAAUCUGUUGAAAGCAUUGAAGGCAUCGUUUGUCUGGACGGUUGUUUUACACGCUCUGUUAAUUGUUGCCCUGUUAAGUGCAAGGUCGAUGAAUUCCAGUCUGAAGUGUGUGUGUGUGUAGUGUUUUGUGUGUGUGUGUGUGUGAGAGAAAGGAGAGGAAGGAGAGAGAGAAAAGAGAGGGAGAAGGACGCAGAGAAGGAAGAGACGAGAGAGAGAAGCGAAAGAGAAAAAGGGCCCAAAGGGAAACGACAAAAGCUAAGCUCCCUCCCUCCAGGUUUCCCGCCUGCUCUCUUCCUCCCUCUCUCCGCUCUCUCCGCAUUCUCUCUCUUUGCCCGUCCCAUCCUCCCGCCAACCCCCCUCUCUCGCCCGCGUAGCCCUUCCUCGCCUUCCCGGUUUCCGCUCUCUCCUCUUCUGCGCUCUCGUCCCUCCCUCCCCCGUCCCCUUCCCCCUCUUCACCCUCCUCUCGCCUCCUCUCUCCCCCCUCCCCCCCUCCCUCCCCCUUCCCCCUCUCUCCAAUGGCCGCUCCUCCUCCUCCCGCCCUAACCAUGCAUUUACCCUUCUGGCUUGGUUAAAGGUUGAGUUAGCUUGUUGCGCCGGGGUAACAAGUUCACGUUAAAAAAGUCAGAUCAAAGCCGGAUUUUCCUUUUACCGCACUUAUGUUUACCAGGACACUGGGGCACAAACGAUCACAUCCCAUCAUUACCACUGCACAGCCCAGGAAGUUCAGCCAUCAAUGGACACGAGACAUCCAAAUGAUAAAACAUUGAUUGUUUAGAUAAAAGGCCUACACACAUCUACUUUGCACCCUGCUUUACUGGCCUAUAGGCUUACCUCUGAACGUGUGCUGCAUACAUAAACAACCAACGUUUUACCCAAAAACAUUUGUAUUAGGCUACUAUUGUAUUUCUGUGUAAUAGUCCUAUAGGUAACCUGUAGGUUUUGGUAGGAUCGUGGUGACUCUGUGCAGGGGCGUCAUGCACCCCAAAAAUCUGAGGGGGCACUAAGUAUGUGACUAUGGCUCGGGGUCGGUCCAGAGGGGGGGGGCUAGAAUUUUUCAUUUUUCAAGCACAUGAAACAGCUUUUCCUAGAGUCAUAAUCAUUAUGCUUAUUUCUAUGUCAAAAAAAUAUGUUUACAGUUCUGCAUAUCUAAGCAUACCUCUUGAGCUGUCUGUAUCCUCCUGACUAGUGGUUCUUUUUUUAAAUAAACUAAUUAUGCUUCUCUGCAUGUCUGCAUGUCUGCUAAAAUCUGGGUAAAAGAUUGAAAGUAAUGUGUCUUAUUCAGUACAUUUAGUAUUUGCUUGCUUUUCUAAAGUCUACCAACCUUGCCAGCAGACAUGCCAGAUAAGAUAGUUAGACAAGCUAGCUACUCUAACUUGAUUAAUAGCCUGAAAUGGCUUCUUGGUAGCUAAUUAUGAGAUUGGGAGAUAGGGAAUGUAACUGGGCUAGCUAAAGCCAACUUCAUAAAAGUGCUAGGUGGCUAGUAGUAUUACAGAAGGAAAAAAAACUAUAUAUAUAUGUUUUAUUUUUUAAACAGGACAUAUCAGGGGACACGUGCCCCUGUGCUCCCUAUGGGCUUGAUGCCUCUGACUGUGUCCUGUCACAGGCCUAUUUAUGGCAUGUGUUUGUCCUCCCAUAAUCCUCCUAUAGGCCUACUGGAAAUGCUGUUUGAAAACGCAAACAACUAGAAACCGUCCCAGUCAGUCAGUAUCUAAAAAACAAGGGGGGGGGGGGGGUGAGACCACCCAGCUCACUGUAAACGCCCUUAGUAGACCUACAGCACAACCUACAACACAACUUCCUGCUUUACCUCCUCCUAUGACACACCAAGUUUCGUUUUUUCCUCCUCUCUCUCUCUCUCUCUUCUCCUUUGAUGCCAAGUCCCACCCUUCGACCGAGUGAGGAGCGCUGUGAGUGGCUGAGAGGACGGAGCGUUCCCUGCAACAGCUGCGAGCUGCCUCUAUCCACCACAGGAGUUGGCGGAAUUGAGCCCAGUGGAGAACGACGAACAGCUGCUUUGUCACGCAUUGCCCCAGCCCCGGACCAGCAUCCUAAACGCAGAUCAACAUAUCGCUACAUUCAUGACCGGACAGGGAUUAAGUGGCGAAGGAAAGAACUUCACAGAAGAGAUCGAACGGAUUUUACGCAGGUAGGAAUAUGAUAUGUGUGUGUCUGGACGCUUUGUAUUCUAAACGGGCUCUGUGAAAGCAACGCUAUAAUAAAUCAGCCCAGCCGGGACGUCUAUGCAGCAGUAUGUGUUGGAGCUCGACUAUAAUGUAGGCUAGUCCUUUUGCGCUGCGCACCAGAUCUUAAUGACUGCUGGAAGGGAAUUUUUACAUUUUAUAAACGAUAUAGCAGUCUGCUACGUUCUGCAACUCGGGUUUAGUGUUGUUUAUCUCAAACAUCCACCGUGUUUUCGCGGAUAAAACCUGCUGAAAUGCGGGUAUUUGUGCGUAAUAACAUCGUAGGCUAGGACCUAUAGGAUUUAUAUAGCCGAUGUAGGCUUUUUGAUGUUCGUAACAACGGGAAAUGCAGUGGUAGGAUCGAGUCUUUGUGCUGUUCGCCGCAGUCCCCCUUUCCUCUGUGUGUGUCUGUAGGCCUACGUGCAAACUUGCUCGAGCAGCGAUUUGUAACUGGCACGUAUGCCGUAGACCCCGUGUAUCUGCCUCCGGUGAUCAAAAUACUCUCUCGAGAACGUUUUGUUAUCGUGCGACAAUGAUUGUAUCGCGCUGUAUUAGUAGCCUGUACGCACUGUAAUUGCAUCAUGACGCUCGUCAUUGACAGAAAAUAAUAAAAUAAAACUGUUUCUAAGUUUGGGAGACUUUUCCCCACCUAAAGGUUCUAUUCAGUCUAUUCAAUCUUCUAGAUUUAAGGGCUAUCAAUGGUAAACAGGAUACUUUCCAUUUUAUCAGUUUAACAUUACCCAGGAAAGUAAACGAUUGGUUUCCAAAAUUAUGCUUAUUGUUUUUCACCCAAUAAAACGCAAUGGUUAUUGACUCUGUCAAGGGGUCUGACUAACAGUUUAUCAAAUGACAUGCCCAGGACUUUUGAAACCUAUGAGGCAUAUAUUUUAGGUGUGUUAUUUCCCGUCUAUGGUUAUUUCUCUCACACUCUGUCUGUCUCUCUUAUCAUUUAUUUCCUCUCUUUCAGGACUAUCAGGUUUUAGGUGUGCCCCUGGCGACCAUGGAUAAAGCUUUACAUAUCCUACAGAAACCGACAGACUCAACCGACAAGGUCCUCGACGGUGGAACGGGACUCGCUCUGGAUAUGAGUAUGAGGGACCGGGAAUUCACAGAACAAUCUAUUAGACUUACCGAUAAAAUCCCGUUAGUGAAGCCCUAUUUCAAAAAGAAACACGGACAGAGGAAACUGGACGCAAAAUGCCUCCGUGCACUCCAGGACCCAAUCCUAACUACAUUACUGAGUACGGAUGCUCUUGUUACCGGAGACGGGGUGUUUGUCCCCCGGAACCCACCGCCAAGGACAGCGGGGAACCUGUGCACUGCGGCGGUGGUCAAACAGACACAGAUUGGUGGGCCUGUGUGCCUGAAAGAAUCGUCAGCUACCGGUGUAACGGCUAUGAUUACCGGCGACACGGAAAUGGCGGACGACGCCGCCGAGUUGGAGGAGACAGAGAGGGGGGUAACCAAGGUGCCGGUAGAUAUCCAGCGCGUGACAAUAGACCCUAACGAGCGCAGAUUCCAACUCAAACUUCACCCCAGGGCGCGCGAUGUGGCGGCAGCACCCCCCACACCAGAUACCCCUCUAGUAACCCCUCCACGCCAGGGGGGCAACACGAUGAGUGACCUAUUUGCUUCUAAAGCCUUGCGGGGGGCAAAUUGCCUCACCAUUAAAGACAGUAGGAGCACCCCCAGUCUUCAGGCCGACAAAGGCGAGAUAUUUCAGGAUAAAAGCGAAGAGGCCUCCCUGGAUCUAGUUUUUGAGCUGCUAACCCAGCUCCAGUACCACACACACCAAGCCGAUUCUGUUUCGAUCUGCGUGGAUUUCCUGCAGGGGUUGUGUGUGUACGGGAGUGACUGUGCUUACCACCACACUGUACUGCCCUACCACUGGCAGAUCUGCAGGAGUGAUACUCAAAGCUGGCAAAGCAUUGCGGAUGAUUCACAGGAUCAGUUGGAGAGGCUUUAUUGCAAUCCGGACAAUGAACAAGUCAGGCUCAAGUUUCAGUAAGUGCUUUUAUUUAGUUACAGUGGUUCCUCCUGUUCUAUGUUCUGUAUGAAAGUAGCCUAAUAGAGCUGAGAUUGUAUUUACAGUAUUAAGACAGGAGUGCUUUGAUAUGAGAAAGGUAUGCUCAUAAGGUAAGCUCCCGAGUGGCGCAGUGGUCUAAGGCACUGCAUCGCAUUACUAGCUGUGCCACUAGAGUUCGAGUCCAGGCUCUGUCCGGGAGACCCAUGGGCGGCGCACAAUUGGUCCAGCGUCGUCCAAGUGUUUGGCUGGCAGGGAUGUGGGUUCGUUUCCCACGUGUGUCAGUAUGAGAAAAAAAAAAAAAAUACGUAUGCAUUCACUAACUGUAAGUCACUCUGGAUAAGAGCGUCUGCUAAAUGACUAAAAUGUAAAUGUAUGCUGUUUGAUAUAUCUCAGUUUCAGUAGGUGUGUGUGUGUUGUAAUGAUUAACUGACUGAGUCGUUUUGGUUCCUGGAUUCCCCUAUCUCAGUUCUUAUUUGGGUGUCAUUCUUAUGGCACUUAGUUCCUGCAAUAGAGAGUGUGCUCUUUCUGCUCCCAAACCCAGCCUUCUCAUUGGUUGAAACAGCUCAAACCAGGAAGUGCUGUACCCAUGGCAGCUUAGAGCUGGGAACUUGCAUGACCUACUGCUGCCUGGUGCAGUUACACAAACACACACACACACACACACACACACAAGCACUUGGCAACCGCUAGCAGACAGGCAUACAAAUUGUGCUCUGGUUCAAGCUAUACACCACACAUUCACACAAUGAAACAGUUAGCUAUUUCACCACAUUCACACACACAUAUCUCACAAGUUAUUCGGGGCACUGAGGGACUUGUGACUGUGCGUGUGUGUGUUGUUGAUUUAGGUUUUUAAAUUGAAACUACAUGCAAACCUUCCCACCCACAGGAUAUGCACCUGUCCAUGAGAAGCCAAAUGCAGUCAAGCUCUUAUUUGAAUGUGCAACACACUCACAUAGGGCUAGAGAGACUGUAAUAGGAUUUGGUGAUAGUAACUUAGUGUAUAGUAGUGUCAGUUUCCAAACAUUAUAAACGACCAGUCUGUAUACAGAGCCAAAAUACCACAGUAACUACCAGUGUAAUAACCUAUAUAAUUACUGUGUAAAAGACUAGUAAAUAUAGUUAAGAAACAUUUUCUUACAUUCUCUUAGAAAACCAAAGUAGCCAUGGUAACAAUCGGUAUAUAGACUGCAGGACUUUUUAUUUAAGUUUAAAAUACUUUCCCAUUAGUUUACACCUCCUAUUUAAAGUUUUUUUCCCUAUCUUUUCUUUAUUGCUUUCUGUUGUGAAGUGUUAGACCAUCAAAUUCUCCUGGAGAAUUUCAAAAGACGGCCUCCAACACACUCCCAGCAUGGUCCCGACAUGCUCUGAAUUUUAAUUCCCAUUUAAGCAAGUAAAGCAACAGUACUUAAUUUUCCAGAGUCGGCCAGAUGUAGAUUUCCUGAAACCAGUCGCCCCAACUCUUCCCACCCCAACAAACACACACACACCCUGGGUGAUGUUGUGUUGCCAUAGUAACUGAAUGCAGUUGAUAACAGCUGUUAUCUGAAGAGCAGCAGAGGACAAAACAAGCCAGGCCGUCAACAUGGCAACAGACUUAUUUGGCAGCCGCUGCUGUGUGUUUGUGUGAGUGAGAGAGAGUUAGUUAGUUGGUUAGUUAGUUAGUUGGCUGGCAUGUGUCAGUAUUUGUGUGUGAGGAACUAGCUCUCACAGUCUCACGUGAGAGUUAGAGGUUCAUCCAUGUUUCUCACACGUCACAUUUCAAAGUGUUUAAGGUUAAGUUUGGGCAUUAACUCCAAAUUCUUAAAGUUAGGCAUUAACUCUGAAUGGUUAAGGUAAGGGUUAAGGUAAGGGUUAAGAUUUGGGAUAGAGGUAAAAACUAAAAUAUAAAAAAAAAAACUUUCUACCACUGGAUUGGAACAUACAACCUUUUGAACCAGAGCCAUCCGCCAUCCCCGUCCACAACACCCUAGCAAAACUGAAACCUACUUGAAGGUAACAGCGCUCAUUGUUGCCACUUAGUGGCCGGUUUCCACGUCAUCUCCCGACGUCCUCAGACGUGGAUGGACUUGUAUCACGGGUGACCUGCCUGGUGUGCGAGAGGGCAUGCUUUGUGGGUGACUGUGAAAAUGGGAGAGCGAGUUGAUAAUUCCUUCUCUGUGUGUCUGUGUUUACCGUCUCAACAUGUUUGGAUGUCCUGUACAGUAUGUAUAGGACAUACAAACGUGCAGCUGUCUAAGGCACUGCAUCUCAGCGCUCGAGGCGUCACUACAGACCCCCUGGUUCGAUUCCAGGCUGUAUCACAACCGGCCGUGAUUGGGAGUCCCAUAGGGCGGCGCGCAAUUGGCCCAGCGUCGUCCGGGUUUGGCCGGUGUAGGCCGUCAUUGUAAAUAAGAAUUUUGUUCUUAACUGACUUGCCUAGUUAAAUAAAGGUAAAAUAAAAAAUGAUUUGAGUUUGACUGUAUGUCAGUCAGUCAGUGCGUGUGAUGCAGGGGCAAGAGGUUGUGCUGUGAAGUGUCUACUCAGCCCCACUCAGCCCCAUUCCUCUCUGGGUAGAAGUGGCCAUGUCUCCCCCUCAUCCCACCUCCACUCCUCCAUUAGGGCUGGGCGAUAUAUCACAUUUAAUUUGAAUUUCAUGUUUAGCGCAAUGCCUGUAUCGUUUUAGUAUUUAUGGUAUUUUUGGUCUCGUCUCCUUCGCUCCUUCUGUGCUGUGUGCACGGUGCACCUUCCCACUCGUACACAGACGCCAAACUCCUCCCCCUGCCACUCAACAACAACAACAAAGACGAAAGAUCACUUCUUCCUCUCUGACAUCAAGCGGUUUCAACUCGCCAUUUGCAUUUGAGGUUUGGUCCAACAGAAUCGUAAUAUGGGCACCGAAAACACAUUGAAACGUUAUUUUACUGUAAAGGGUCAGACACACCGAGAAAUCUGCCUGCCGAUAGGUACUUAGCACCUCUGCCUAGAGUGUCCGCAGUUAACCUUUUGUCGUUCACAUACACAGUUUUACCUCCGAUUUGCUUCAUUUAAAUACUCCAGGCCACAAGGUCGCAGUAGCUUGUUUGGCUUGUGCCUGCUGUAGCUAAUAUAAGCUAACUGACCUUUUGUAGCUCAGUUGGUAGCGCGUGGAGCUUGUAAUGCCAGGGUAGUGGGUUUGAUUCCUGGGACCACCCAUAUGUAAAAUGUAUGCACACAUGACUGUAAGUUGCUUUGGAUAAAAGUGUCUGCUGAAUGUCACAUAUAAUAAUAUGUAUAUGUGUGUGUGUAUAUAACUGGCAAGCUGUGCUAAUGUUGUUGCUAGCUAUAAUUUAAUUUGUAGUAAGCUCUUGUUGAUACUAACCAGAUGGCCAUAACUAGCAUAGCUAGCAACAUUAUAUUUAAAUCACAAUGGAUUCAUUUUUGAAUGAAGUAGCUGCCUGUUAGCUGUUGAGAGUCGGUGGAGUAGCUAGUUAGCUAUGUUGUACUAAACGGCGAUGAUAACAGUUUUUAGCUAACGUUAGCUAACAAGCAAACUGACCCUGGCAACAUAGAAUAAUGGAGAGUGAAUAGAUAUAUUUCUUCAUCUUGCUAGUUUGGGAAAGCAUUUUGUCUGGUGUGCAUUGUGCUGCACUUUACCACUUAAUUUGUUUCAUAUGAAGUGUGUUUGACUGCAUGGCUCAGUUAGCUAGCUAACUAAUGAGCAGGUGCAGAUGAUCAAACUGAACCUGACAAAAAAAUCCUUCAAGCACAAAACUCAUUAGACAUUUACAUUUACAUUUUAGUCAUUUAGCAGACGCUCUUAUCCAGAGCGACUUAGUUAGUGAAUACAUAUUUUUUUAUACUGGCCCUGUAUAUGUAAAAGAUGUAAAGACUUGCUCUAGAAAAAAGAAAAAAAAGUAUUAUGCAGUUUUAUUGUUUUAGUUAUAACAAGUCUGAUGAAAGGGGAGUGGAUUACACCAGGAAAAGUGCCAUCUUUUCAUUGUCACUUCUGUCGGCUCCCCAACGUGGAGGUUCGUGCCCUUUUUAAUUGGCUCGGUCAUGUUCUCAGCCAUUGACAAGUAUUGUGAUUCUACAUGCAGAAAUGUCAGGUUUGUCGGUACACAGCAGGGGCGUCUUUUGUCCUAGCAAGAGAAGGAACGGCCUCGUACUGUGAUAGUACCGAUCAGCAGUCAGAUCUCUGUGUGCGUCUGUAAUAUAAUAGAAGAGAACUUAAAGGGAUACUGCUAAGAAUGCUAGUAGCUAGACUUCCAGUCAUCACGCUAACGCUAGUUAGGCAUUGGCUCAUUAAACUACCUCUAAUUUCCUUCAUACUGGACACAAAGACAUAAAAAUGGUAUCCAAGAGUUCAUCUGACUCUGGGGAAGUAGAUAAAGGGCAUCAUUGCCAAAAUUCCGAAUAUCCUUUUAACCUUUCUAAUGAUACCCUUUUUUAUGUCUCAACUCCUACAAUUUAGAGAAGAGCGGACCCUUCUAAAAUGGGACUAUCAAUGAACACGAUUGUGGAAAAUUAAUGCUCAGUUUCUGUCACACGCAGCAUUGCUGUACCACCUACCGCUAGCAUUUUAGCCACAGACUGCUAGCUGUCUUGGUCUAUGUUUUAUAAAUGUGCAAUGAGCAUAAAAAUACACAUUUUAUAUAGGGAAUUGUGAACUCGUUCUCAUUCUGAGAAAUAAGCAUCUUCUUAUCCAGGUAGGCCACUUGAUUUCAACAUCUAAACAAAGUGACACUGGAUAAUUUUUUUUUUUUUAUCUGAGUUCGGACAUAAACUGCAGGGAUGCUUUUGAUAGCAAAAAUGUCCAGUUGAUCUAGCAGAGUUGGAGUGUAAGUGUGGGUAUGAGGGGUGGGGAGUUCCAUCAUGGUUGUAUGAGACCGUAGAUGAAUCCCAGCUAUAUGACACCUUGGAAGGAAGUCCUAAUACUGAUCCUCUUUUCUCAGGAUUCCUCUGGCCAGCUACAGUUACAUAGAGAGGAAUGGAAUACUCAUCACUUAACAUGAUUCACUUUUUACCUACCCUCAUCCCCGUGACAGGAAUAUUUUAUGUAAUGUGUGUUUGCGUGUGUGUGUGUGUGUGUGUGUGUGUGUGUGUGUGUGUGUGUGUGUGUGUGUGUGUGUGUGUGUGUGUGUGUGUGUGUGUGUGUGUGUGUGUGUGUGUGUGUUUUGUGGGCCUGCCUCCAUAUCCUUUUGGUGUGUCAAUGAAAGCUGUGUUAUCUGGUCUGUAUUAGGUAUUUCCCUGUGUUAUCUGGUCUGUUAGGUAUUUCCCUUGUUAUCUGGUCGUGUAUUAGGUAUUCCCUGUGUUAUCUGGUCUGUAUUAGGUAUUUCCCUGUGUUAUCUGGUCUGUAUUAGGUAUUUCCUGUGUUCUGUGUUAUCUGGUCUGUAUUAGGUAUUUCCCUGUGUUAUCUGGUCUGUAUUAGGUAUUUCCCUGUGUUAUCUGGUCUGUAUUAGGUAUUUCCCUGUGUUAUCUGGUCUGUAUUAGGUAUUUCCCUGUGUUAUCUGGUCUGUAUUAGGUAUUUCCCUGUGUUAUCUGGUCUGUAUUAGGUAUUUCCCUGUGUUAUCUGGUCUGUAUUAGGUAUUUCCCUGUGUUAUCUGGUCUGUAUUAGGUAUUUCCCUGUGUUAUCUGGUCUUGUAUUAGGUAUUUCCCUGUGUUAUCUGGUCUGUAUUAGGUAUUUCCUGUGUUAUCUGGUCUGUAUUAGGUAUUUCCCUGUGUUAUCUGGUCUGUAUUAGGUAUUUCCCUGUGUUAUCUGGUCUGUAUAGGUAUUCCCUGUGUUAUCUGGUCUGUAUUAGGUAUUUCCCUGUGUUAUCUGGUCUGUAUUAGGUAUUUCCCUGUGUUAUCUGGUCUGUAUUAGGUAUUUCCCUGUGUUAUCUGGUCUGUAUUAUGUAUUUCCCUGUGUUAUCUGGUCUGUAUUAGGUAUUUCCCUGUGUUAUCUGGUCUGUAUUAGGUAUUUUCCCUGUGUUAUCUGGUCUGUAUUAGGUAUUUCCCUGUGUUAUCUGGUCUGUAUUAGGUAUUUCCCUGUGUUAUCUGGUCUGUAUUAGGUAUUUCCCUGUGUUAUCUGGUCUGUAUUAGGUAUUUCCCUGUGUUAUCUGGUCUGUAUUAGGUAUUUCCUGUGUUAUCUGGUCUGUAUUAGGUAUUUCCCUGUGUUAUCUGGUCUGUAUUAGGUAUUUCCCUGUGUUAUCUGGUCUGUAUUAGGUAUUUCCCUGUGUUAUCUGGUCUGUAUUAGGUAUUUCCCUGUGUUAUCUGGUCUGUAUUAGGUAUUUCCCUGUGUUAUCUGGUCUGUAUUAGGUAUUUCCCUGUGUUAUCUGGUCUGUAUUAGGUAUUUCCCUGUGUUAUCUGGUCUGUAUUAGGUAUUUCCCUGUGUUAUCUGGUCUGUAUUAGGUAUUUCCUGUGUUAUCUGGUCUGUAUUAGGUAUUUCCCUGUGUUAUCUGGUCUGUAUUAGGUAUUUCCCUGUGUUAUCUGGUCUGUAUUAGGUAUUUCCCUGUGUUAUCUGGUCUGUAUUAGGUAUUUCCCUGUGUUAUCUGGUCUGUAUUAGGUAUUUCCCUGUGUUAUCUGGUCUGUAUUAGGUAUUUCCCUGUGUGUUAGUUCUGGUUCUGGUUUAUUAGGUAUUUCCCUGUGUUAUCUGGUCUGUAUUAGGUAUUUCCCUUUGUUAUCUGGUCUGUAUGUAGGUAUUUCCCUGUGUUAUCUGGUCUGUAUAGGUAUUUCCCUGUGUUAUCUGGUUGGUAUUAGGUAUUCCCUGUGUUAUCUGGUCUGUAUUUAGGUAUUUCCCCUGUGUUAUCUGGUCUGUAUUAGGUAUUUCCCUGUGUUAUUGGCUGAGUAGGUAUUUUCCCUGUGUUAUCUGGUCUGUAUUAGGUAUGUCCCUGUGUUAUCUGGUCUGUAUUAGGUAUUUCCCUGUGUUAUCUGGUCUGUAUUAGGGUAUUUCCCUGUGUUAUCUGGUCUGUAUUAGGUAUGUUCCCUGUGUUAUCUGGUCUGUAUUAGGUAUUUCCCUUGUUAUCUGGUACUGUAUUAGGUAUUCCCUGUGUUAUAUGGUCUGUAUUAGGUAUUUCCCUGUGUUAUCUGGUCUGUAUUAGGUAUUUCCCUGUGUUAUCUGGUCUGUAUUAGGUAUUUCCCCUGUGUUAUCUGGUCUGUAUAGUAUUUCCCUGUGUUUAUCUGGUCUGUAUUAGGUAUUUCCCUGUGUAUAUGGUCUGUAUUAGGUAUUUCCCUGUGUUAUCUGGUCUGUAUUAGGUAUUUCCCUGUGUUAUCUGGUCUGUAUUAGGUAUUUCCCUGUGUUAUCUGGUCUGUAUUAGGUAUUUCCCUGUGUUAUCUGGUCUGUAUUAGGUAUUUCCCUGUGAUACUCUGCCCUGUGGGGUGUAAACGGUGAUGCUCUGCCCUGUGGGGUGUAAACGGUGUGUGUGUGUGUGUGUGUUGGUGGUAAAUGGUUCACAUGUCAUUAACUGACAGAGUCACUGAGACCAAGGACAGAGGGACCAGACACCAAGGUGUGUGUGAUUGCUUCUGUCCAUGUGCACAACUGCCAGUGUGUGUGUGUGUGCUGUGUUUGUGUCUUUGUGCCACUGUUUGUCAGAAAAUAUAAUUUCUCAGACAAUGUGUAGCCUACCAUGGGUGUGAUACUUGUGUGUGUGUGUGAAUGUUUCUUUGUGUGUGUGAAUGUUUCCUUGUGUGUGUGUGUGUGUGUGAAUGUUUCCUUGUGUGUUUGUGUGUGCGUGCGUGCAUGUGUGUGUGUGCUACUUGCAUAUGUGUGUGUGUGAGGAGAUAACAUGUCAGACUGCCAAUGAAAUGAUUCACUGGGGCGAGAUCUGGGUCGCCCUGCCUUUAAUUACUCAGCCUCUACCUUUAACCCUAUUCUCGCUCUCUCGCUCUCUCGCUCUCGCUCUCUCCAUUUCUCUCUCUAUCUCUCCAUUUUCCCCUCUCUCUCUCUCUCUAUCUCUCCAUCUCUCUCUCUCUCUCUCUCUCUCUCUCUGUGGCCUGUGAGUGUUCGUGCCUGCAGGCUUCCGUACGUCUAUUCUGAAGCAAUUUCUUCUCCUUCUCCUCCCUAUCCUCAACCUGCCCCUCCUCUCAAAUUCUACCUCUCAUCAACCUCUCCCCACUGGCUCCCUGUGUGUGUUGACUGAAUAACCUGUCCCCAUGCAGAACAUUCUAGAAGAACGCUACGUUUAUAGGAAGAUUAUAUUAAAACUGGAUGAUGGAGGGAAGGGAACUAAAGUGUGUGAUGAUGUGAGUGUGUUGUGUUUUCUUGCCAGUUUCUAAAGCUGGGAAACAGAACCAAAACACGACAACGAACUACAUUUACUCUUUCAUCUCUAUAUGAGAAAGUGAGGAAUACCCAGUGUGUACACAUUGUCCUCCUCACCAAAGUGACUUCUUGUAUGUGUGUCGUGGAAUAACCUUUGGAACCUGCAUCAACCUCCGUAGGGUCGGUUCACUGGCUUAUGUGUGUGACUGCAUGUGAAUUUAUCUGGUUCCAGUCAGUGACGCUCUCAGGAGCGUGACUGAUGCGGGCGUGCGGGUGUGUGCUGCCCUAAGUUCUGCUGAUGUCUGUGAGUGAGAGAGAGAUUGGUGUAGGGCUGGAUUUAGAGCCCACCCUCUGUCUCUUUCUCUCCUCCCACUCCCAUGUCAGCACUUUUCUCACCCCUCCUCUUUAUUUGAAAACACACUCAUUACAGCCGUUAUUUCAACUGCAGUGUCUGUCUGUGUGUGUGUGUGUGUGUGUGUGUGUGUGUGUGUAUAUCCAAACUUCAGUUGACUGUGCACUCAAGGAGGUCUGUGUAUCAUGUGUAUGGACAUGUGUGUGUGUGUGUGUGACCUAAUCGUUUCACAUGACAAUAAUGCAUCACCAUCGUUGGCCAGGCGUUGCCCCUGUUGCCAUGGUGAUCCCAGUACUGCUCUGUGAUUGGUUCGUUGGGACAUCAAAGGGUGUUGUAACCAUCACCUUCCUCCAAGAUGACUCCAAACUCCUCCCUUACUCACUCUGUACCUACCUACCUCUAUCUCUUUUUCUCACACUCCUCCUUUCCCCUGUUUAUGCUGUCCCUUUCUCUCUUACCCUCUCUCUGCACUCCUCUUUUGAACCCCAUCUCUCUCACGCUUUCUGUUAUUUUCUCACCCCAGGGCUAAAUUACUUUUUGGUCUUCUGAAAUGAACAAACCGUUCUCAGCCACUCGCACACUGUUCUCAGGGUAUGACCUGAAAUUAAUUUGAGGUGAACUGUGUGUGUGUGUGUGUGUGCGCGCGUGUGUGUGUGUGUGUGUGUGUGUGUGCGUGCGUGACUGUGCAGUAAGGGUGUGUCUUUGCACCCCUGGAAAGCCCAAAUUUUAAGCCAGGCUUUGAGUGCUGUCUCUUCCAAAAAGGGGUGUGUCUUUGGACUGUGUCUGGCAUUUGAUUGGCUCUCUUAAUUUACUCCCAGACUCACUCUGUGCACUUAAUUUAACCAGUGGAAUUUUAUUUUUUGAAUGAAGCUACAUAUCUGGCCCGGAGAGAAAGAGAGAGGGGAAGGACUGGAGGGAGACAGAGGAGGCGAGGGAAAGGAGGGGAGACGAUUGUCUGGCGUCACUGAAGACCUCAUACGAGAAAGGGGAGGAAGUAGAUUCUUAAGGACAGUUGAACUAUCUUUAACUUGGUUUAAUAGCUUAUUGUGUGUGUGUGUGUGUGUGUAUAUAUAUAUAUAUAUAUAUAUAUAGUAUAUUGUAAUUAACUAGUUAUAACCCGUAGUUUUCAGCUUGGUUGCUUGUAGCUACUCUAGGUGUGUUUUAUAUGAUCAGAAGGAGGAGGCAAUGUAGUGAAGGGUAGUGUGAUGUCUGGAAUGAGAUGAGUGUUCUAAUUGGAGGCCGUGUGUGUUUGUGGUGAGAUGGAGUGUAGCGUAAUUGGGGAAAAGACAGUUUUGUGAUCUCUGGCUGGCCGUAGUUCCAUUUACACAUUCCUCAUGACCAUGGCACUGUGUCUGUUUGUUUUGGCACACACAGUCUUGUUUUACUAACCUUGUGAGGACACACAAUUGAUUCCCAUAAAAAAAAAUAUUUGACCUAACUUUAACCCCAAAACCUAACCCUAAUUCUAACCCUAACACUAACCCAAAACCCCCUAGAAAUAGCUUUUUUUUCCUUGUGGGGACCAUCAAAUUGACUUCUAGUCCCCGUGGUUCAAUCAAAUCAAAUGUUAUUUGUCACACAAGCAACAGGUGUAGACUAACAUGAAACUUCCCAUCAAUGCAGGGAGAGAAAAUCUAAACACUAGCCUUGGGCGGUAUACCGUAUAUACCGUAUACCGGAGUAUUUAAAGAUUUUUCAAAUCUGUCAAAACUAUUUAUUUUUUCAAUAACUGAAUAUUUGUAGCAACUUUUUAAGUUAAUACUUGUAAAAUAUGUUAGGAGAUGAGGCAGAUUGCGUUCUUCAUUUCACCUGUCACAUUAUUUUACAUUAUGAAGCUUACCGUAGUUCCCGAGAACGUUGAGCCAGUCUGUUUGUUUGUAAAUAGCACAACGGGAGAAAGCAAGAUGGUGAGUCCAUAGCGUUCUAUAUGUGGCUCACGAGGUCAUGAACUUACACUUGUAUGCAAUUCACUACUACCGUAUUGGUCCGAAUAUAAGACGACCCUGAUUAUAAGACGACCCCCCGUUUUUCAACACAAACAUUUAGAAAAACAGAUUUGCAGACUAGAUUUGCCGAACAAAGAACUUCAUUUUAUUUUAAAAUAACAAUAUUAAAAACACAGUGAAUUAAACACAAAGGCAAACUAUGUACAGUAUGAUUCAAAAUUAAUAUCAAGCAAUAAUAAAGCAACAUUUUUAAAUAACAGAGAAAAUACAGGCCACACAUUUAACUAAACUUAACAAAAAUUCGCCAAACUUCUCCUCCGAUGUCUCUCUAUCCCUCACACACGUCCUCUGCCCCGCUGUGUUCGCUCUCGCUGUCAUCGCUCCCCAGCUGCUCCGCUUCCACCGGCUCCUCCCAAAGCACGUCGUCCUCGCUGCCGUCCAAUGCAUUUGAGAUGCAACAUUUUUUAAAGCCAUCGAUGAUGCUCUGUGAGGGAAUAGCAUCCCAUGCAUGCAGGAUCCAUUCACACAGUAGACGGACUGACGGCUUCUGUAUUUUCCCGGUCGGUGUGAGUGCGUGGUUGCCAGACAGGAGCCACUCUGUGUAUUUUUUUUCGCAGGUUAUCCUUGAAAGGCUUGUUCACAACUACGUCCAACACCUGUAGCUGGCUUGUCAUUCCCCCUGGUAUGAUCACAAGAUCCCCGUUCAUUGCUCGCACCUGACUUUUCACGGGCUCAGUCAGAUGUCCGCGGAACGCAUCCAGAACGAGCAUGUUCCUCCUCUUCCUCAGUCCCCCGUAGCGUGCGCCCCACACAACCUUUAGCCAGUCCACUACAAGCCCCGACUCCAUCCAGCCCUUCUCCUGGGCGCGCACAAUAAUGCCAGCUGGCAUUGGGUCCUUUGGCACAGUCUUACGCUUAAGAAUGACAUACGGGGGGAGUUUGCUGCCACCAGCGAGACAUGUCAACAUGACAGUGACGCGGCUCUUCUCGUUGCCCGUUGAUUUCACCAACACAGACUUUUCUCCCUUUCUAUUGACAGUCACCGAUGUUGGCAUGUCGAAAUAAACGGGUGUCUGAUCAGCAUUGCCGAUCUGAUCCAGCGGGUAGGAGUGCUUCUUCCUCAGGUUGAUAACAAAGCGCUGAAACGAAAGCAGCUUCUCUCCGAAGUCUGACGGCAGGCGUUGGGCCAAACUCGUUCUCCGUCUAAGUGACAGUCCAUUACGCCGCAUCAUCCUACGACACCAGCCGAGGCUGGCUUUAAAUCCAGUGAUGUUGAGCUCUCUGGCGAUUUCCAGGGCCUUAACCUGGAUGACAGCUCUGGUAAUGGGCAUUCCCUCACUUCUUUUUUCCCUGACAUAUUCAAAAACCCUCCGGUCAACCUCAAUGAAACGACCACUUUGAGGACCACGGAAGGAUUUUCGCUGACUGUUAGCAUCUUUUAGACGUUGUUUUUCUGCUCGCCAUCUUCUUACAUUACACUCAGUGACCCCGAAUGUCUUGGCAGCUUGGCAGUUGUUAGAUGACUCUGCCUUAUUGACAACCAUUAUUUUGAAAUUGGCAUCAUAGCUCCUCCGCUGUUGUUUAUUGACCUGGCCCACUUUUGAGCCACUUGUCUCUAAAUGGUCAGCCUGUCUUUCCAUCUUUAAACACCGGUAACGGGCUGGUUGUUAAGGACGCCUCUUCCCUCCGUCCGGAACGAAUUUUUGGCGCCAUCUGUGCCCGCGAAUGUGUAUUGACAUUUAAAGGGAGCGCCGAAGAAGAGAAACUGCGCUCUGAAUACUAGACCCCGAAUAUAAGACGACCCGACUUUUUUGGACCUAUUUCGAGGGGAAAAAAGGCCGUCUUAUAUUCGGACCAAUACGGUAAAUGUUUUGCCAUCAGAUAUCUUAUAAUGGCUUUCUGCCUGAAGUCAAAGAGCUCUGGAGGAGUUGUCUGUACAGCUGCCAUUUCUUCUCUGUGCUUCCUACUAGCAUGUUCUUCUCUCAUCCGUUCUUCUCCUCCUCUGCUCCCGGUACACUUGCUGCUCUUCCUUCAGAAAAGCAUGCAUCACAACUUUGUUUUUUUUUUGCACAAUUUCUCUCGUUCACUUUCGCUUGUAAAAUGUCCACACUCACCGAAAAUGACAUUCGGUAGCUAAUAGCUAUGCUUGUAUAACUUUAUGAGCUGGAUUUGCCUGUCUUUGCAAUUCGUUUAUGUUGGUUUUCGCUCGUUAGCAUUUAGCGUACAGCGUCUAUGUGAUUUUGCUAUUAGUUUGUGCAAAGUUUGUUAGCAUUUCUGAUAAUAGAGGCCCAAUGGGCUUUUCUUGUGUUUUAACGCCCCCUUCUGUGCUAUGCCGGUAAUACCGUAAAUCCCAGGAUGAGUGAAGGACGGUAUGACGAUAUGAAAAUCUGGAUACCGCCACAGAGAGAAGAGAGGAGUGGAAUGCACAUAGGGAAGACAGAGAGAGAGAACAGAGAAGAGGAGAGAACAGAGAGAAUGAAGCCUGUUCCUGUUCUCUCUGUAUUUUUAUUUUCUUCUCUCUACUCUCAUCCUUUUUCUGUUCCUUUUCCUCCUGUCUUGAUGCCUUCUCUCUCAUGAGUCCUGUAUCAUCAGGUAUGUCGCUAGCCCAAUCAGUUUUUCCCAAAAGACCUGUGACCAAAAUUGUUUGUUAACAAAAUUGUUUUCUUUGCGAAGUGAACAAAACAAUUUAUUCUUUACCAGAACCUAAAAUGACUUUAGCGUGACCGAUAUGGUAUGAAUAGAUAUAUAGCAGGACGUUGGACUCAGGCCGGUGGUUGUGGUUGUUUGUUGUGUUUUCCACAUGAAGCACGAGAGAGCAGUAGCAGAUCCCUAUUUCAGUUCCUCACACGGACCGGUGGAAUCGUAGUUUUUUUUUUUUUUUUUUUUUUUUAGUCAUUUAGCAUACGCUCUUAUCCAGAACGACUUACAGUUAGUGAGUGCAUACAUUUUAAUACUGGUCCCCCGUGGGUGUCGAACCCACAACCCUGGCGUUGCAAACGCCAUGCUCUACCAACUGAGCUACACGGUUAGUUAGCGUAAAUGGUAAUCAAUCUGUGUGUGUAAGAAAUGUAUUCAAGUCUUUGUAAAACCAAUGACUAUGUGUUUUCAAGAGCUGUGUCUCUGUGUGUGUGUGUGUGUGUGUGUGUGUGUGUGUGUGUGUGUGUGUGUGUGUGUGUGUGUGUGUGUGUGUGUGUGUGUGUGUGUGUGUGUGUGUGUGUGUGUGUGACCGAAACCUCUUGACGGAUUAUUUUAUUGGGUGGAACUAUGACUUGACAAUUUUUGGUGUGUGUGUGACAGAAACCUCUGACUGAAUAUUUUAUUGGAUGAAACUAUGACUUGACAUUUUUUGGUGAAGGAAGUUCUAUGAGUUUCACUUCUCUCAGCUGUCGUCAGUCAAUGAAUGCAUAGAUGUAGUGUGUAGUUGGGCUGGAGCUGGCCAUAGGAUGGGGUGUUUGCACUCAUUUUGACAGAUGAUUCCUCAGCCUCUAUUUGUUUAUGAUUUAAAACAUGAGAUUUUGGCUAACGUAGUUAGCUGAGCUGUGAAAGGAAAAUGUCUCUUGUAAACUAUAUCCUAGAGUCUAGUGGGUAGCUGAGCUGUGAAAAGAAAAUGUCUCUUGUAAACGACACAUGCCACACAGGUCACCAAAACACACACCAGAGGCGGCAGCAUGCUUCAGGUCGGCUGGCCCCUAGCAGAACUCGGCUAGACGAACCCAACGAGUGUGCUCGCAUAAUCCCUUAAAAGACCUUCACUUGAAAAACGAGACAAAGUGGCAAUAGUACCGUUUGUCCAUUUUGAGACACCAUAGCCAGUAUACACUUCGUCAAAAUAGGCCGAAUUAAUCUAAGUUUUAACUCAAGAAAUCUGUAAUACAUUUUGACGUUUUUGCCGAGGAGGUCUUAGUCACGCAAUUUUACAUCUAACUAAGAUGUUUGGUGCAGUAUUUCUCAAUGGAAAAAUGUGCAUGAAAACAAAGACUAUUGAAGAAUCCUUACUGUUGACCAAUCACCGACGAAGGGGCUUAGACUUCGGCUUGCCUCCAGAAUAAAUGUUGUGUGCCCGAACAGCCGAGAAAAACCCUCACCGAAGUCCCAAAACGAACAAAAACGUCACAAAAUGUUGUCAUAAUAAAUGCACCAACUCUUCCGAACUGUUUCGGCUGGCAAGGUUGCGGGCGCCUUAACUGUCACACCUCUCUCCCACACAGUUUGUCACACCUUUCUCACACACUAACCUCUGCCCCUGCGUGUCUCUGCCUGUCCAGACUCCUGCCUUUUAACCUCAAAUUCCAUUAGACUCCCAGCCACGAUCAAUCAGCCCAUUAACGCAGCCACAGCACAGCUAGCCUGGUGUGUGUGUGUGUGUGUGUAUGCAUGACAUAUUUAUGUGUAUGCCUGCAUGCGUUGCUCAUGCAUGUGUAAGGGGCAUGUCUGACCCAGAAAAGGCCUUGCCAGGGGCCCGAGGGGUGCUAGUGGGUCGGUGGUAGGGGGCGGGGUGGUAGGAGUUGACCCAGACUAGCACAAACAAAGACAGAGGUCUCUCUCUCUCUCUCUCUCUCUCUCUCUCUCUCUCUCUCUCUCUCGACUUUGUCUUCUGUCGCUUUCUCUCUCUCUCUCUCUACUCUCUCUCUCUCUCUCUCUCUCUUCUCUGCCUCUCUUCUCAUCUCUUCUCUCUCUCUCGCUUUGUCUCUCUGUUCGGCUUUCUUCUAUCUCUCUCUCUCUCUCGCUUUGUCUCUCUGUCGCUCGUCGUCUCUCUCUCGCUCUCUCGUCUCUCUCUUCUCUCUCUCUUUCUCCUUCUCUCUGCUCUCACUUCUCUCAAUUCUCUCUCUCUCUCUUCCGCUUUGUCUACUGGGGCGUCGUAUCAUCUCUCUCUCUCUCUCAUCCGCUGUUGCUUCUCUCUCUCUCUUCUUCUCUCUCGCCCCUUUCGCUCUCCUCUCUCUUCUCUCUUUUCUCUCUCUCUCUUCUCUCUCUCUCACUCUCACUCUCACUCUCUCUGGUGAUCUAUCAUUAUUAUUAGCAUUACAUGAGGCUUAUCUUGACCGAGAUAGCACAUUUGCAGAACUCCAAUGACAGUUGACCACAGUGUGUGAUAUCUGGCGGUUUUGUGUGAUGUUGCAAGAUUAAUGUGUCUGUCAAGUGAUAUUGACCGUGUGUGUGUCUAUGUGUGUAUUGUACUAUCCGUGUGUGGUACUGUGUGUGUGUGUGUGUGUGUGUGUGUGGUACUGACCAUGUGUUCUCUUCUCUCCAGGGGUCGUGUGUUUUCGUUAGACUUCACUGCCAUGCGUGUAUGUGACCUGGAGUUCGACCGUGUCAGACGGUUGACCACACCCUCCAGCCCUGCCGCCCCGCCCCCAAACACAAUCCCCACCCCUAACUGCCACACAGUGUGGAAAUACUACUGCAGAGACAAUUUCGGCUGGAGAGAAUACUCUGAGGUGAGUGUGAGUGUGUGUGCAUGCAUGUGGAUGAAGGGCGAGUUAGAGGCUAUUAAAUAACACACACAAACUGACAAAGGAGACACGUUAACCCUGGAGUCACACCGAUCACGUUAACCCUGGAGUCACACCGAUCACAUUAUCACAUUAACCCUCGAGUCACCAAUCACAUUAUCACAUUUCAAGUCACACCAAUCAGUUGUCUUCCCACCUUAAGAAGAUCAAUACAUCAAUGAUACGGUAUGCCAUGUGGAAUGGGUCUCUGUUGCGCGUAUGCAUGUGUGUUCAGAGUUCUCUCUCUCUGUGUGUGUGUGUGUGUGUUCAGAGCAGGGGUUGGAACCAAAAUGAUUUUCCAAUAGUUUCACUCUGAACAGAACAACUAUUUUUUUCCGUUCCGUUCCACUGUUCCAACCAGCAAAAUAAAGUUCUGAACCGGUCGAUCCCAAAACAAUGUACCGGUCUUUAUCAUUCCUUUCUGUUCCCUCUUUUAACCUGUGAAAUCAACCGUUUUUUACAUUUAUCUCAUUCAAUUACUUCACCAAUCAGUGCGGAUAGAGCAACUUGCUAUGGAGCGGGCACGCUAGUUGUUUACAUGCGUAAUGGACAAACAAGUGUAUAGGGCGCGAGAUGCAACUUACAUUUUGCGUGGUGUUGAGAGAGGAUUAAGGAGGAGGCUUGGCUUGAAGCGCUGGGCAUCUUGUUAUGACAUGCAUUAUCUGAAUUAGGCCCACAGAAUUAUGCCUAGGAGCGGUUUCUAUGGAAGAACUUUGAAUGUCCUUUGAACUUCUGAGAGUUGGACGGACCAGAGCUAGCGAGCUAACAAGCUUAUGUGUGCAGAGCGGCAGCAGAAGAAAAAAAAAACACGUCUUACCUUUUUGUAGUUAAUCAAAUCCAAUGCGAAACGUGAUAACUAUAGAAUUCUUAAAUCCGUUUUUUCUGUAAUAAAAAAUCUCUUCCUAAUUUCUGAAUCACGCUUGUGUCGUCAGUACAGUAGUCUUUGCUUCAGGGUAGCCUGCACACACACUGGCAAAUAUGUUCAGCUGGCAGGCUGACUCUGGAAGACGUUUCUGAGUGACUGAGUGAGGGCUUUGCAUAGGCGGUUUGUGUGUGUGUUUAUGUGUAUAUUCCCAGUGCUACAAUUCAGUUUAAGAUUGUUUAUUAGCAUGAAAUGUGUAAAUAUUUCUAAAGAAGAUUCAUUCCAAAAGUGUUAGUUACACAAUAUUAGGUGGAACAACUUUGAAUCAGAUUAUUCCUGAUGAAUAAAUCACCACAAUAAAUAAGACUCCAAGUGAAACUGGAACCCUCGCAAGAGAGACGCCUCGCGCUCUGAGAGAGGCAUAUAGCGCAGAGAUUAUAUAAUCUCGCGAUCUCGCUCUCUAUCUCGCUCUCUCGCUCUUCUCUCUCUUAUCUCUCAUCUCUCUCUCUAUCUCUUCUCUCUCUCUCUCUCCUCUCUCCUCUCACCUUCCCCCCCCCCCCCCUCCAGCCGGUGGUUCGUGCUGAUAAGAUGAAGGCUAGUGGUCAGUGGGUCCUGAAGGAGGUCCGUUUCAUCACCCUCCAGAAACCAGUACAUCCUCAACAUCAGAGAUGGCUUCCAGCAGAACGCCGUGUUCGGCUUCAGACGCCAGAUCAAGAAACGACCCCUCUUCCUCUCCUCCAUGGUCCUCACUCCACAUCUACAGUGA